UAUAAAAGAACAUAAAUAAACGAAGCUUUUACAGCAAAAACUUGUUCACUUUCGUCAUCAAGAUCCUCGACGGUUUUACCGUUUCGGUAGUUAUUCUUUUGCUGAUACAAUUCAUUUGUUGAAAAAAAAAACAUUUCAGGAAGAUUAAUGGAUAAUCCCGGAGCCGAUGUUAUGGAAACCUCCACUUUGCUGGAAGAUGCUGACAAGAAGUCCAAGGGACUUCACCUCCGCAAACUCGUUCUCGAGUUAGAAAUAGCAGAGGCCGAGAAGCGGCUGAAAAACCUCGAAAGGGUUUAUCUUUGCGCCUCAGAAAAACACGACGAACUAAAAUGGCUCGGGCGGCACUUUUACAGUGAAGAAAUCCGUGCUAGAUCUUGUUUUUCUUACAUUGGAUACCACAUCGAUCAAUUUAAGCACCUGGUAGAGGAAUUCCAGAACACUCUCGACAAGGUGACUAAGGCAAGACCAAAACAAAAUGGAACAGAAGCCAUUCAUCAUCACAGCCUGCAUGCCUUUGCGUUACAUGGUUGUAAGAAUCUGGCACAAGAAAACAAACAACUGCAGCGGAAAGCACAACACCAGAAGCCCGAAAACGAUGAACCAAGUCAAGAAGAAAUCAGCUUCGAAUACAUAAAUCGGGAGUUGAACUACAUUCAAAGAACAUUCCCAAGGGGAAGUGGCAAGCAUUCCAUGCAUGAGCUGCUAAAGGAGGCUAAAGAGACGAGGAAGUUACGAGACAACGCUAUCGCGAAUGGAAGACACGACAUUUUGGCAAAAUCUAUGGAGAAUGAGAUAAAAGUUCUGGAGAAGAUGGUAGGAGAGCUUCAGAAAGACAGGACAGAAUCAGUGCAUAGGAUGCAAGAAUCGAGAAGGGCAUACGAAGAUUUUGCAAAAAAGGCGAAGGCUCUGGAAGAGAAAAAGGAACGCCAAUGCGGUAGGUGGGACGAGGAAAACAAACACAUAAUUGGACUGAAGAAAACACUUGGACGAGUUGUAACAUCGUUGACCCGCCUUGAAAGAAAAAAUAUGAACAUGCUGUGACAAAAUCUUUCAUCUUUGUCCGAUCAUUUCCACACUCUUCGCAUUCGGAAACUAUUGAAACUGAUUCUAAACAAUGUAAGGUAAACACAGGCGGAUUCUAAACAAGAACUAAGCAUGAAGGUUGUCAAAAACUAAGGGGUUGAAUGAAUAACAGAAAUGAUCUUACCUGAAUAAUAUCCUCAAGGAAUUGUACCUAACAAAGAGAAAAAGCUUAUCCGAAAGCAUUUCAUUGUAUAAGUUAUAAGAAUAGAAAUACCACAUUUUGACAAAAAAAAAGCAUUUCAUUGUAUUUGAUGGAUCCAAUACAGUCGGUUCCUUAUUACAUAAUCGAAAAAGCUUCAUCGAGACAAGAAGUCGCCCAAAAAGCAAAGAUUCCAUUCUUGGAGUCUGUCUGAAAUUGCAGAAGCUGAGAAGUGACUGAAAAUCCUUUGAGCAAGAUUGCAUUGUUUUCCACUCCAACAAAAAGAGCAUUUUACUCAAAUGAACUAUACUUGGAUCGCAUGGAUUUUUCACAGGUACACCAUUUUUAUAAAAAUAUAAGGAAUUAGCAAAAGUCAAAAUUAUCCCUUUAAAAAAUGGAAAGCCACGUUAUCCUUAAUGAUUCAAGUGUGUUACGCCUUACACGUAUAGAUUGAACAUUCGAGGAAAAGUAAAAAUUGGAGAUUUUCCAAGUAAAAACUGAAUGUUAGGUUUUUCUUUUAAUACAGAAUUGAAAUCAGAAAAAAAGAGAGAGAACGCGAAAACUGGUAAGCAAACACAAAAGCAUUCAAAAUCGACGUAAACCGACUGAAAUCGAGAAGAAAACGAAGAAAGUGGAGAGAUCGCCAUCUCUGGCUUGUGAGGUUCCAUGUGAGAAGAAAACUAAUUUGACGCAGUUUAUAGAUAACACAUGUUUUGCGACGGAAAUGUAGUUGUAAUUGCGAUCUGAUUAAAGAGUCGUAAUUAAUUAUAAACGCAAUUUUACUAUAGUUAUAUUCUAAUAACUCUAAUACGCCCCCGCAAAUCUAGAACUUCUGUAAAGAAGGAAUAGAUUUGACAUUAAAAAAUAAAUAAAAUUCUUCAAUCUUCAGAUUUUGAAAUCUUCAAUCUUCAAACUUGAAUCUUCAAUCUCCAAAUCUCCAAAUGUCAAGAAUAUCUCCAAAUGUCAAGAAUAUCUUCAUGAUGUGAACUUUCCAAAAAUAAAGCAAAUAGCUUCAAUAAACGUUGUUGAAAAUAACGACCGGAUGGACAUCGAUCGGAUAAACGAAUCGGAAAGUUCUUCCGAGAAAUAUAUGGAUUCCAAAUCGUGUAUUAUAUGACUAGAUGAGUCAUGGGCCAUAGGCACAAAGAGAUGUCGAUAAUGAAGAAGAAGAAAAAAAAUGAUCUACCGAGAGAGGCAGACAAGAGAUAAAGACUGAGGGUUGGGAGACAAAGAUGAAAAACACCAAGGUAAAAUCCAUGGUGGACUAUGAAAUGGGUUGACGCAAAGAAUCGUCUUGGAUCCCUUUUCGAAAACUUGAGCAGAGAUCAGAAUAUUGUGCCAACACCGUCGACGAGUAGAGAGAACCAGAGAGAAGGGAACGAAACUGAUGAUGAGACUCAUUUGGUCCAAAAAUGUGUCAAAGAUUGAGGAAAGAAGAUGAGAAAGAGAACCCAUAGACGGAGAUUGAGGGACUUGUACUAAAAAAAAAACCCUACAAUCUGGUGAUAGAGAAGAAGCCGACUGACAGAAAAGGAAAAGAAGUCGACAGACAGCAGAAGAAGUAUAGAGAUAGCAGAAGCUCAUAUCAUUUCGGUGUUCUUCAAAAAACACAAAGUGCAGAAGACAACAAAGAAAAAUAUAGAGCUUGAGAAAGUUAUGGAAGAUUUGAACAAAAACAGAACAUGAUCAAGAACUGUGAAAAAGGAGUAAAGAAGAUCAUAUUAUGUAUUCAUGGAAGAAGAUGAGGAAUACAGAGGGAAGAAGAUUGAAGAAGAAACCCAGAAAGAGAAACUUGAUUUGAUGAAAAAUGAAGAUGGGAAAUUUCGUCGAACAUUUGGAGGGCAACAUUUUCAUCUGACUUUUGGUAGAAAAAAAAAA